AUGAGGAUUGGCGCUAUGCACAGUACCGUGACGCAGACUCCAGAUGAGCGGGCCCUCAGCGCCCCGCCCACGCGGCAUGUGGAUGCUGUCAACGGCGGCCCCCCGGAUCACCAUCCUCGCCAGACGCAGCCAAGGUCUCUCGGCGAAGCUCUCCGUGAGGCUGGCGUCUCGCUGGAAAGCUCCGGACCCGCUUCCGAAACACCCAGCGAAGAAGAUUACGAUGAAAAUGUACGCCCAGCAUAUGCCAUCGGGGGCCAGGAUCAACAACAUCAGCAGCAGCAACCGCAACUGUUGCAGAGGACAAAGAACGAGAGGCAUAUAGGCAGAAAGGGGCUCGUCUCUGCACAAAUUGACUCAACCAUAGUUCGCGAUGAUGCAGGCGGAGUAAGAAUAUAUCCUGCAAACGAUCAGGCCCUCCAAGAGCUUCUUCGACGGACUUCGGAAACGGCUAAACAUCCAGACAAGGCAGCUAAACUGAAGCGCAAGUUCCGUGACCAUUUUUUUACUCACCAGUUUUCGGCCUUUGAUCCCCAUAAUUCGGCCGCCGCAAAUAGUCCUUUUCAUGGCUUCUAUACUCUCUUUUGGCUGGCUGUGGCCCUAUUUGUCCUAAAGAUUUCCGUGAAUAACUGGAGAGCGCAUGGCACUCCAUUGGGGUCAAACGAGAUUAUGAAGACCAUGUUUCAUCGGGAUGUAAUUGUGCUCCUGCUUUCGGAUGGAAUCAUGUGUGGACUCACCGGUAUCUGGCAGACCCUCUUCAUCACCGGCAUUAUCGCCUGGACCCAUGUCCGUGACUGGCCGUGGACUCAUACCGUCUUUUUCGUGCUACAUGGCAUUGUCAUGCUCAUGAAGCAGCACUCUUAUGCCUUCUACAACGGCCAUCUCUCAACAGUCUAUUUGGAACGCCUAUUUCUCCUGUCCAAACUGAAGCAACUCGACCUUGUCCAUCCAUCCGAGGAACCAUCAUCUGCUGUGCCACAGGUGUCUAGCCUAUCAAUCGACCACCUCAGAGUCCCUCCGACUGCCAUGGAACGCCGCCAUUCCCUCUCGCAAAUACCUAAAACGGAAGAGACAGACAUUGACAGGAUUGCAAAGGCGAUUGCCUCGCGUGAGCCUCUGAAUGACGAACAAAUCGCCGUAUUUGAACGAAUCAUCAAGUGGGAAGUGGAUGCAUUGGCAGACGAACUCAGAGGAACGGCCAGCGAUCCAAACAAGGCGUAUCCGAACAACCUGACAUUCUUGGGUCAUUACGAAUGGAUACCUCUGCCAACGCUGGUCUACGAACUGGAAUACCCGCGCUCUCAAGAAAUCAGUUGGAAAUAUGUUGCCGAAAAGCUGGUCGCCAUGGUUGGCGUGCUUUUUGUCAUGAACCAGGUGGCACAGUACUCCAUAUACCCCGUGGUAAUGAAGACGGUGCAGAUGAAGGAGAAUGGACUGCCGCUGGCCGCUCGAUUUCGAGAAUUUCCGCUGCUUUUGCUUGAUCUCAUCUUCCCAUUCAUGAUGGAGUAUCUGCUCGUCUGGUAUCUCAUCUGGGAAACCAUCCUCAACGUCCUUGCCGAACUCACGUAUUUUGCUGACCGCAGUUUCUACGACGCCUGGUGGAAUAGCGUCUCCUGGGACCAAUUCGCACGCGACUGGAACCGUCCCGUACACGUCUUCCUCCUCCGCCACGUCUACCACUCGUCGAUAUCAUCCAUGAAAGUCAACAAACAUACUGCCACGCUGAUAACCUUUUUCUUGUCCGCAUGCAUCCACGAGCUCGUCAUGUGGUGUUUGUUCAAUAAAUUGAGGGGUUGGUCCGACUCAGUCGUACAAAAUGGCUAA